UAAGAAAAUCAUUGUAUGACCUCGAAACUACCACCUGAUUGGAAGAUUUACUACAUAUCAGUUUUAAUUGGUCGAAUAUUUGGCACUGGUUAUUAACUUGAAAAGACUGCUGAACAGUGCUAAUACCUAGACAAACUCUGUGUGUGGUUGAUAAAAAACGCGCUUAUAGAUAAAUUAAUAAAAUGGCUUGUGAACAACCAAAACAAGUGUGUAUAGUCGGAAGUGGCAAUUGGGGAUCUGCAAUUGCAAAAAUUGUGGGCUACAAUGCACAAAAACUUGCACAUUUUGAUGAAAAAGUUACAAUGUAUGUUUAUGAAGAAAUGAUAAAUGGAAAAAAACUUACUGAAAUCAUAAAUGAAACUCAUGAAAAUGUUAAAUAUUUACCAGGACACAAGUUACCUGCAAAUGUUGUAGCAGUACCAAAUGUGGAAGACGCAGCCAAAGAGGCAGACAUACUUAUUUUUGUGGUGCCACAUCAAUUUAUUAGGACAUUAUGCUCAACCCUUUUGGGAAAAAUAAAACCUACAGCCGUGGCAUUGUCAUUGAUUAAAGGAUUUGACAGGGCUGAAGGAGGUGGAAUAGACCUUAUUUCUCACAUAAUAACCCGUCAUUUGAAAAUUCCAUGCGCUGUUUUAAUGGGCGCCAAUCUUGCAGGAGAAGUAGCCGACGAAAAAUUCUGUGAAACCACAAUUGGCUGCAAGGAUUUAAAAUUAGGAUACGUUCUCAGGGACAUCAUUCAAACUGAUUAUUUCAGAGUUGUUGUCGUUGAUGAUGAAGAUACAGUAGAAGUAUGUGGUGCUUUAAAGAACAUUGUAGCAUGUGGAGCUGGUUUUGUGGAUGGUUUGAGUCUUGGUGACAAUACAAAAGCGGCCGUCAUCAGAUUGGGGCUGAUGGAGAUGGUUAAAUUCGUCGACGUUUUCUAUCCAGGCGGCAAAUUGUCCAGCUUUUUUGAAAGUUGCGGCGUUGCCGAUCUUAUAACCACUUGUUAUGGUGGACGUAACAGAAAAGUGAGCGAGGCUUUUGUUAAAACUGGAAAAUCUAUUAAAGAAUUGGAAGAUGAAAUGUUAAACGGACAAAAACUUCAAGGACCUUUUACAGCAGAAGAAGUCAACUAUAUGCUGAAAAACAAAAACAUGGAAGAAAAAUUCCCACUUUUCACGGCCAUUCAUAAAAUUUGCACAGGUCAACUAGGGCCAAAGGAUUUCAUUGACUGUAUUAGAAAUCAUCCAGAGCAUAUGAAUUCUAGACUUGAUAAAUCUGACAGACCCAUGUUACAGCAUUCUAGCAAACUUUAAUACAUUUAUUAAUAAGCAUUUGUUCAUCAGUAUUUUGUUAUUACAUUUAUUGCAAUGUGUUGUACUUGUCUAUCAGUAUUUUGUUAUUAGAUUUAUUGCAAGUAUUAACAAUGUGUUGUUUUCUAUUAAUAAAUAGUA